CACUGAUACCGCGGCCUCAUUUGGCUGUUUUGACAGCAACCGAGCCACUCCUCGGAGGCAUAGAAGACAAGCUGUCAUUGAACAUAACCCAUCCUAAAUCCAACUGGGUUUAUCUUCUGACGUGAUCCUGCAUUGAUGAGCAUUCCCACCUGUGUCUUCCUCUCAAAUUCCCUCAUCUCUGCAUCCCGAGCCUAAGCAUGGCGUGCGCCACCCUCAAGGCACUUUUAGCGAGCCUCUCCCGGAGGAAACCCUUGGAGCCAGAAGGGGAGCAGUCCACCUUUAAACGAUGCCUCACCACGCUGGACCUGGUGGCUCUCGGCGUGGGGAGCACUCUGGGCGCCGGCGUCUAUGUUCUCUCUGGAGAAGUGGCCAGAGACACAGCCGGGCCCAGUAUUAUCAUCUCGUUCUUCAUCGCUGCACUGGCAUCCAUAUUUGCCGGACUCUGCUAUGCAGAGUUUGGGUCCAGAGUUCCUAAAACGGGAUCGGCGUACCUGUACAGCUACGUGACAGUUGGGGAGCUGCUGGCUUUUAUCACCGGAUGGAAUUUGCUUCUCUCCUAUGUCAUAGGGACGUCGAGUGUUGCGUUAGCCUGGAGUGGGACGUUUGAUGACCUCAUUGGGGGUGUCAUGUCCAAGUACUUUGAAGAAAAUGCACCGAUGGGCCUUCCAGGAUUGGCGCCCUACCCGGAUGUCUUUGCAGCUUGUCUCAUUAUGCUCCUAUCUGGUGUGCUCUCCUUUGGGGUGAAAGAGUCAACCACCAUCAACAAGAUCUUCACUGGAGUCAACAUCCUGGUCCUGGUCUUUGUGGCCAUCUCCGGCUUCAUCAAGGGGGACAUCUCCAACUGGCAAAUCAGUGAAGACACGCUCCUUAACGCCACGGCUGAGCUCCAUAACCUGAGCACCACCGCUAAUCUGACAAGCGUGUAUGGCGUCGGUGGAUUUAUGCCGUAUGGCAUCAGUGGAACCCUGGCUGGUGCGGCGACUUGCUUCUAUGCUUUUGUGGGAUUUGACUGCAUCGCGACGACAGGUGAGGAGGUGAAGAACCCUCAAAAGUCGGUCCCGGUUGGGAUUGUGGCCUCUUUACUUAUCUGUUUCCUGGCCUACUUUGCCGUUUCCGCGGCGCUCACCAUGAUGAUGCCUUACUACAUGCUCAGCCAAAAGAGCCCCCUGCCCGUCGCUUUUGACUAUAUCGGCUGGGGUCCUGCCAAAUAUGUAGUAGCAGUCGGGUCACUGUGUGCUCUGUCCACCAGCCUAUUGGGUUCCAUGUUCCCGAUGCCGAGGGUGAUGUUUGCCAUGGCAAGAGACGGGCUCCUCUUCCAACCCCUGACCAAAGUCACUUCCAGAGGUAGUCCUGCAGUGGCUACCAUAUCAUCUGGGACUGUAGCAGCCAUCAUGGCUCUGCUGUUCGACCUGGACGCUUUGGUGGAGAUGAUGUCCAUCGGUACCUUGUUUGCCUACACACUGGUGGCCAUUUGCAUCCUAAUUCUGAGGUACCAGAUGGAUCCAUCCCAAGACCGAGAACUUCAAAUCAUUGAGAGCAACACCAAGUUUGGCUUCCUGAAGCCUGCAUCAUCUCCAAAUUCAUUCACUUCAAAAACAGUCACUGUUCUGAUUUUAAUCUCCGUUGCAUGCGUGGCCGCGUUGUGCAUCACACUCAGCCUGGGUAUUGAUGCGUUAUCCGCUAUGGAAGCGUGGAGCAUCACACUCGUCUGCGUGUUCUCCGUUAUACUGCUACUUAGCGUGUUCCUUAUUUGGAGGCACCCACAGAACGCCACCAAGGCAUCCUUUAUGGUGCCCAUGCUACCUGCACUGCCCAUAGUGAGUACGCUUAUCAACGUCUACCUCAUGUUCCAGUUAGAAGGCGCCACGUGGGUACGCUACGCCAUCUGGAUGGCCGUUGGCCUCGUCAUCUAUUUUGGUUACGGGCUGCAUUACAGUGUUCAGAGGCAGCGGCUCAAAUCCAACCUGCCGGUCAUUGAAAGCAUCAGCGAAAAGACGGACAAGAGCAUCUUUAAAGAAGACAAAUUCUAAGCUGUUGUGGGCGAAGAUGAAAAGAUGUUACAGUGAGUCACUGUUUUGGAAUUGUGUGUAACGACGCGUGUCGCUGCUGGUUAAGCAUCAGUACUUUAUCAUAUUUUCAUGGAGUUCAAAUAACCGUGGGCAUUAAAUUUUGUGUUUUUUUUUUCCUUUCACUGUCGGGUUGCACAAUGUGUGCCAUCGUUAAUCAUAUUUACAUGUUUUGCCUUUUGAUUGCAAAGUAGUUCUUAUACUGUACCUAUGUGCUUUUUAAACUGUAUAAAAUGUAUGAAGUAAAAACAAUUGUUUCUAAUACUAUUUGUACUUUUGGAAGUGUAUGUAAAUAAUCUUAAAUUGUGAUUUGGCGAUACGGAAUGUAAUAAUCCUUUUUUUAUUUUGCU